AUGGAAUGGAAACGUGGUGCGACAACUGGCCGAGUUGUGGCUGGUGGAAAGCGCCAAGGAAAUCGUUCUAAUCAGUUGAACCGUCCACUAGAUGUAAUUACUGAUAAACAAACGGAUAGUCUCAUCAUUUGUGAUUACAACAAUAGAAGAGUAGUCAGAUGGCCUAAUCAAAAUGGUACAGAUGGAGAAACGAUUAUCUCAAAUAUUGGAUGUUGGGGCUUGACAAUGGAUGAUGAUAGAUUUCUUUACAUUGUUGAUCACAGUCGACAUGAAGUUAGACGAUAUCGAAUGGGAGAAAGUCAUGGAACAGUGGUUGCAGGUGGAAAUGGACAAGGAAAUCGUCUUGAUCAGCUUUAUUAUCCAACAUAUGUAUUCGUCGAUCGAGAUCAUUCAGUGUACGUAUCAGAUCAGGCUAACCAUUGUGUCAUGAAGUGGAUGAAAGGUGUAAAAGAAGGCAUUGUUGUGGCUGGUGGCCAAGAUCAACAAAGUUGCCUAAUACAAUUAUCAAAUCCUUAUGGAAUUGUCGUAGAUCAGUCAGGUACUGUAUAUGUGGUAGUCGGCGUGAGUAAUAGAAUAAUGCGUUGGACUCAAGGUGACACACAAGGAAGGGUCAUCGUUUGUGGGAAUGGCUAUGGUAGUGAAUCAAAUAAACUCUCUCAUCCCACCGGUUUAUCAUUUGAUCGGGAGGGCAAUUUGUAUGUGAGUGACCGUGGAAAUCAUCGAGUACAGAAGUUCAGUAUUGAUUGA